AUGGGUAUCCGUGAUCAUUUACUAACACAACCAAAAUUGCUUAAUUAUUUGAAUAGUUUGGAAGAAGAAAAGAAAGAUGAAUUUGCUGAAUAUUUGCUAAAGUUUGAUUUUGAUUAUUUGGCAGAGGCUUUCAAAUCCUCACAAAAUUCAACACUUCCAGCACUUGAAGAUAUUUCUCCUAUUGGGCCAGAAAACUUUGUUGAUAGAAGUGAAUUAACUGAUAUUGAAUUGGAUAGGCUUUUUAAUUUGGGUUUAAAGGCCGUUUCUGAGGGCAAAGUAGCUGCGCUUGUUCUAGCUGGUGGGCAGGCUAGCAGACUUGGCUCUGACCACCCUAAAGGAGUUCUGCAUCUUGGCACUGGUCUUCAAAGCAAAACAGAUUCUCUUCUAUUCAUCCAAGCAGCUCAAAUCCGUUACCUUCAGGAUAUAGCCAAAGAGAAAUUCCCAAACUCUAAUAAAUCGACAAUUACUUGGUUAAUAAUGACUAGUAGAUCAACUGAUGCUGAUACUCGUGCUCAUUUGAAGGAAGUUAUUGAAGAGACUGGACUUUGUUCGGAUCAAGUAAUCAUAUUUACCCAAGAUGAACUUCCUGCCUUUUCUUUGGAUGGAGAAGCACUUCUAGCUGAGCCUUAUCGUCUUGUAACCUCUCCAGAUGGUCAUGGAGGUCUUUAUAAUGCAAUUUCUCCAUUACUUCCUUUAUUAGAACAGAAAGGAUUGGAAUUUAUUCAAGUUUACAAUGUGGAUAAUAUACUUUGUAAAGUUCCUGAUUUGUGUAUGGUUGGAUCUGCAAUUGAACAGAAGGCUGAUUGUGUGGCAAAGGUAAUCGAAAAAAUCAAUCCUUCAGAGGCUGUAGGACAUGUUUGUCUCGAAAAAGGAAAAGUUCGAGUGCUUGAAUAUUCUGAAAUAUCUUUUGAAUUGGCUGAAGCUAGAGAUUCUGAUGGGAAAUUACUUUUGUGUGCUGGAAGUAUUUCAAUUCAUUUAUUGUCAUUAAAUUUCCUUCGAAUUGCUUGUCUUCCUGAAAAUAUUAAAUUAAUGCCUUUACAUGCUGCACGUAAACAAAUUAAUUAUUUGGAGAUUGGGAAGGAUAGUGGUGAUUAUUUGAAAAGGAAAGAGGCAACUGCUAUCAAAUUGGAGCGUUUUGUGUUUGAUGCUUUUCAUCAUUCAAAAAACUUCUUGGUAUGGCAAGUAUUGGCCUCUGAAGAAUUUAGUCCAUUAAAGAACGCUGAUUCUGCUGGAAAGGAUUGCUUAAAAACGUGUUUGGCUGAUUUCAACGGAAUUAAUGGAAAAUGGAUAAAAGAGGUUUGUUUAAAUGUUUUGGAGAAGGAGAAGAUUUAA